AUGAAACGCAUCGCCGCUUCGCUUGGGGGGCUCAUGCGCUCAUUAGUAUACAUAUUGUCGCCCUCGCCUGCUACUGGAUGGGAAAUUUGUUACUUUGCUUCUCUAAUAGACUCAAGUUUCUGUCGUUUUCCCCCAAGGUGCCGGAUUUCUUUUUACAAGUUUCUUUCUUUUUUACUUGGCCUGUCUGUCACUUCAUUCACUUACAACAACAACAACACCACCCUUCCUUUUUUAUUCCAUCUUGGCUGCCGGUCAGCGCCUAGUUUCUACGACGUUUUUUUUGUGUUCGGAUUCCUUCACAUCACAUAUUUCAGUAUGCGCUACUCUCUCUCACACCGCGCGCUGCUUGCUGUUGCGGCAUCCAGCGCCGUCCAUGCCACGCUGCUGCAACCACCAGGCGUUGAGGCUCGCAACGGCGGGCCUGCCGUCUCACUUGAACCUCUCCCCGAAAACCCGCAGGUUACUGGAAAGCCGUCUCAGACUAUAGGAACAGACUGCCGCGUCACCGAGAACAUCACCGUCACGCAGUAUGUGACUUCAAAGGUUGCUGCCAGCGCCUCUUCUAGCUGCGACUCGGUCGUCACUGUCACAUCUACCUCUACCGUCUUUUCGUCAAGCAAAGCAGCCAAGACCAAGACGAAGAAGCCAAAGUCUUCCAAGACGACAAGCACCACCGCCCAGCAGACUUCUUCCUCUGCCAGCGCCUUCAGGGCCGAGUCUGUCGUGCACUCUCUCGACCACACCGAGACUAUUGUCAAGACUGUUGGCCAGACGGUGGCUCCUCUUGCAGUUCCGACUGGCGGUACUGUCACAACUCCCCAGGACGGAGACGAGGGUGUUACAAGCCCGCCUAGUCCAUCUGGUGGCGGUGAUAGUGGUGACGAUGGCGAUGGCGGCAAUGGCGGCGAUGAUGAUGAUAACGGUGGUGGUGAUGAUGGUUCUCAGGAUGGCUCUGGCGAUGAUAAGCCCACAGGCCGUCCCGCAGAGUCCACUACCAUCUUUACAUCUAUUGUUCCCAAGCCUGCACCGACCAACACGCUUGCGCCAUUCCCUGCUGGCAACGGCAACUCUACCAACCCCAACUCGAGCAGCGGCGUUGGCUUCCCACAGCCUACAGUCCCUAUCGCUGCUGCUGGUGUAAUGGGCUCAACGCCUAGCAUCGGUGCAGCUAUGGCUGUAGCAGCUGGUGUGUUGGCUGUUCUGUUCUAA